AUGCCUCGUCCCAAGGUACGCGAUGAAGAUCGUAGACGCGCAACCAAGGCCUGCGUACCCUGCCAAAAUAGCAAGAAAAAAUGUGACGCCCAAUCGCCAUGCGCUAAUUGCCGUCGGAGAAACUGCAUCGCAUAUUGUAUUUACGAUCCCGAGGUUGCUCGUCGCCGUCGCCAGGGUAUCAAAGCACACCGUCGAGAAACACACCCGACAAGAGAUACAUUCUCCUCAGGCGGCAGCGAUGGCGGACACUAUAACGAUGAUCCCAUGAUUAGCCAUGACCUACCAUCGCCAAUAGAUGGGAAUCAUUUACGAGGGCAAGCUCAUGUUCCACAGACUCCAGAGUCUACCCAGGAACCGCAGUCCCAUACAACACCUGACACCUCAUCAUGCAUGUCAAACAUCAGCAGUCAAGAGCAACGUUCAGAAGGCAAAAAAGAUGAGACUACCACCAGUGUGUCGAUGGGCGAUUCCCCGUCUCUCUCCUUCCUUGACUUCCUGCGGCAUACGUUCCACCACUACAUGGGUCCGACCCCAUUCACCGACAAAGAACGAGCCGAAGCCAUGCUUGAGCCAUUACAUCCUCGACCUCCCGGCGGCAUCACUCCCAACAGUGAGCUUACUCUGGAAGAGAAACAAGACUAUAUCCAGAGAUUUUUGAUCGCGACGACAGGAAUCAUAUACAUCUACUCGCCCGAGCAAAUGUUAGAGAUGCUCGAGGAAACAGAAGAAAACAGGCGACAAAACCCAGAUGCCUCUGAGUCAUCCUCAUCUUAUCAAAAGAGUGCAGUUAUAGAUUUGGCUAUUGCCAUCGGAGGACAGGGCUGUAGGACUACUCCGAAGAGUCUGUACCAUGCGCAAAAACAUUUCGAUCGUGGUCAAAAGUUGGCUUUUGAAGAGAUGCUACUAGAUCCUACAAGCGAUCUAGUAGCGACUUUCAUGAUGAUGACUGUUUAUUUGAUGAAUGCAUGCAAAAGGAAGGGAGCAUUUAUAUACCUUGGCGUCGCGACUCGUCUGGCAUAUGCCAUUGGACUACAUUUACCGGAGUCCUACAAUAACCUGGCACCGAAAAUACAUAGAUUUAGGCUCCAGGUAUGGAAGAGUCUGCGGAUAUUAGAAAUAGCCAUUGGGUCAGUCCUUGGUCAACUCCCGAGCUCGUCUCCAGGACAAGCAUCAGUAACGCCUUCGUUUUCAAUUCCGGAUGGCUCAGAACCGUGGUCACCAGAAUUUACAUCCAUGUCGUCGACCUAUGGAGUCUGCAUCAUUCUGGAGCAGAUUAUACACCGUCUCGACAGCAAACAGGACAAUGGUGUGGAAUCAAUACGAGAUCUCCUAAGUCGACUUCGGGAUUGGAGUUCAGCAUUGCCAUCAAGCAUGAGAAAAUGCACUGUCAGUUCUCCGAUUUCCCUCGUGCAGAGACGCCAAGUACUAGGCAAUUUUGCCGUCUCGGGGUUUUAUUAUUACAGUGUUAUGUUGGCAACCAGACCACUGCUUGUCUCAUAUAUGCUCAUGAAACUGAAGCGUUUGGGUCCAGUGGAUAAUGUCUCCUCUUGUCCACCAUGCCAUACCAACGAACGUGAGACAAGAGAGUUGGCGCAGGUUUGCAUAGAUGCGGCUAUACUCCUGGUAGAGACGACGAGAAGGACACAGUCUGUUGGUUUGCUAAUCCAAAACAUGCAGCUGCUCAAAGCCUGGAUAUUCAGCGCCUGCCUAGUCAUGGGCCUCUCCAUCUUCGUAGAGUUGACGUUUACAGAAACGUAUUCAACUUGCGAGACAGGAUUAUCGCUACAGAACGGAAUUGGCAUCAUUCGGGAUCUAGAUCGAACAAGUCCUCAAGCACAUCGUUAUCUAGAGGUCCUUACGGAGCUUCGCAAUGCACUACAGACCUACCGCGAGCGAUUGGUUCCACCCCGAAGAGAAGGCAGUGGGCAAUUCUUGAGUCAGAUCUUUGUUGUUAGUCAAGAGAAAAGUCCGCCUGUAGAGCCUUUAGACUCAGGGACUACGCCGUUUGCCUCUACAACAACUGCACCGCCCUUGUCAGGCGAUGAGACAUGCAGCGGAUUGUGGAUGUCGCAACAAGCAGCGCAAGCGACGCAAAGUAUGGGGAAUAUGUGGCGUGUGCCAGAUGAAAGUCACACAUUCGAUCAUGUCUCAUUAAAUGGACAGCCAGGUGGGAACGAGGUCCUGCCCUUUGCAUUGGGAGGACCGGAUAUAAACUGGAAUGAGAUAUCGGUACAGGGAACAGACAAUUUCUUGUUUGAGAUGGAGCCGUUUGCAGACAUGUUGAGUCAUUUCUACAACGUAACGUCAUAA